AUGGGACUGCCAGUGACUAAAUUUUCUUUCUUAAUCUUUAUAGACACAGUCCCUUCAAGUCCACCAGCUAGCUUUCGAGGUCACAGCUUAAGCUCGACAAGUAUUGAACUCUCCUGGGGAAAAGUUCCAAAAUCUCCCCCGUAUAAAAUUCUUGGCUUCCUUUUGGCUUGCGUAAGGCUCUCUUCGACAGAGGAACAUUCGGUUAAUUUGUCUUCGGGACAACUUAAUUGGGUGUUCAAAGGACUGAGAAAAUUCACAAAUUAUAGCUGUCGACUGAGAGCUUACAACAGGUUUGGAAGUAGUACAUGGAGCAAACAACUGGUGAUUUCUACUGAUGAGGAUGGUAUGUCAUAACUGAUCUAAAAAAAUGUUGGCGGUUUUGUUUCUUUGAAAUCUCACUGAAUUAUUCAAUGACUGACUGAUGACUGACUGACUGCCUUGUCGUGAUAAACUGCGUUUUAGAGAAUAAAAAUUGGUUGGCCAGUAACACCAUUCCACGGAGGCCACCAUUGGUAUAGAAUUUCCGUCUUUUAUGAAGUAGCAAAGUGAAGAAAGCUUUCUUGAAUCAAUGGAUAGAGAGACUGAGGAAAGUAACCUUGGGCGUUCGUAGACAUAGGAUCGAUGAGACCAUGCCCUAUGUACAACAGGCUUAACUUUUUUUUCAUAAUUUCACAGUUUAUACUCUCCUUCUUUGUUAUGGUGUACUUGCAAAAGAGCAGUUUCUAAUUCUUUGACAAAUCUUAAGGAUUAGAAAUCAUCGAUACUACAGCUAGGUGUUUUGACCAUGCUAAAUAGCUGACUCUCAUUUCUUGCUAAUAAAUACAUUGCAGCAGAUCUCUAAUUCUUUAUGGGUAGCACUAGUUGCUGCCGCAGUGAGUGAGCCUGAAGCGAGCGAACGAGGCAGCUCUCUAAUCGGCAAAAAAUUACAUUAUAGGGGCAUUCAAUCACUUUUUCUUACCAAACGCAAGAAAUUUUCGGAAAGGUAAGUUUUGAUCCCUAUAAUUUUCGGAUCACUAGACUUUCAGCUAGGAAAUCCGACCAGAUGGAAAAUUUAUAGGGGAUAAAAAUAUGCCCAUAUCCACCGUUUAAAUACUAAAACACGUUUAACAAUUCUAUGUUUAAGUGGUUUUGAACUAUAUUCUCGUUGGUUGCCCCUGUUACCCGACACUUUUUGACAUCGAGAACCGAAGGCAUUCAUUACGAAUUUUCAUCACAGUCGAUGCCAAGGGAGAAUGAAAGAAAAGUUCAAAACCUCUGUAUAUUUGUGUUGGUUUUCGGAAAACAGAACGCGCUAAGACCAACAAAAUAGCGUAGCAUAGGAGCAAGCAACCGUUUAAUAUCUUUCAAGCAAAUUUUCACAAAAUGCAAUAUUUUAUAAGUCCGAUAUUUUGACUAUAGUGAUUUGGGUUAUGCACUGAAAAUACUAAUUUAAGCACUAACCAUACUGAUUAGGGUUAAGCCCUGAGAAUAGUGAUUAGGGUUAACGGUUAGCUUCUAUUUGGGGUUGGGGUUUACGCUUUAAUAUUUGAAUAAAAUCACCAACUUGCAGAGAAACCACGAUGGUCUAGUGGUUAGAAAAGUGGUAUGCAGACCCUAUGCUCCGGAAUCAAAUCCCCUCAUAUUCGAUUGAAUUUUUUUUCCAUUAACGUUGAAGAGACUCACACUUUGACAACAUUUGUUGAUCAGAAACAAAUGCCAAUUCUAAAUCGACGUAUGAUAUUUUUGGUGAGACUGGGAUUCUUCGAUUUGUCAAAAUUAUUGAAAAAAAUAUAGGACUGCCGGUCGAACCCGUACAAAAUUUUCUCCGAGAUCUCGCCAAGAUCUCGGCGAGAUUCUCGGCAGGAUUUGGCCGCCGAGAUUUUUUGAUCUCGGCGAGAUCUCGCCGAGAUUCCUAAAUCUCGGCGGCCAAAAUCCUGCCGAGAUCUCUAGGAAUCUCGGCGGCCAAAAUCCUGCCGAGAUUUCUAGGAAUCUCGGCGGCCAAAAUCCUAAGUAUAAGUAUACCUAAAGCGAGAAAUGCUGCCGUAGGCAAGGAAUAGUGAAGAAAUGGAAUUAAAUUAAGUGUGAAGUUUUUAGUAGAAGGUGAUAUGAGGCUAAGAGGAACCAAAAUGAGAACUUUCCUGAACUUUUCUCGACUUGGUUUCAAACGUCGCGCUACUGCCGUGCUCAAGUCGAAUUUAAUUCGAUCAAUUUAGUUCGGCACGGCAGUAGUACGACGUUUGAAACGGGCCUUAGUGUCUUCUAAUUAUUGACCGGUUACCGGUCAUAUAUCCACAGCGAAAAAUAAAACUGAUUUAUUUAUAAAAUAUUGCAUUUUGUGAAAAUAUGCUUUAACGAUAUAAAACGGCUACUUGUUCCAGUGAGGCUAUUUCUUUGUCCAUAUGCUACGCUAUUUUGCUGGUCUUGAGCGAGUUCUGUUUUCCGAAAACCAACCCAAAUAUGAAGCGGUUUCGAACUUUGCUUUCAUUCUGCCUAGGCAUUAACUUUAAUGAAUUCCUUAUGAAUACCUUCGGUUCUCGGUCGACAUUUAGUGUCGGCCAACUACAAAAGUAUGCAGCACGUGCAAAGUUGUUUGUUUGCUAAUUGGACCUUUUGUUUCUAUACUUAAACGAGAUUGCAAAAUAUUCAAAUUGCAGUUGAAAAUCACUGUGAGAAAAAUGUACGUGGUAAUCCCCUGCACAUCAGUUCUAAAUCUCCCAUUCCAGCAUUACCACAAUUCCUUGCGAGUAUACUGCGCAUCCUAAAUCUUUCAUUCGCACAUAACCGCAAGUCCUUGCGAUUCCAUUGCGCAUCCUAAAUCUUUUAUUCGCGCAUGACCACAAUUCCAUGCGUCUGGAAAGAAAAAGUGAUUGAAUGCCCCUAUAAUGUGAUUUUUUGCCGAUUAUAGAGCUGCCUCGUUCGUUCGCUUCAGGCUCGCUCACUGCGGCAGCAAUUAGAUAAGGUCGGGUGGAGCCAGACUGGGCACCAAAUAAGGUUUACACAUUGCAUUAUUCUCUUAUAAAAGUAACGAUACCGAAAACGGACCCCAGCAAGCUUGCAGAAUUGCUGAAAAAACAAACAAACGAACAAACAAAACUGCAGAGCGUCAGUUACGAAGAGAACAUAAUAGAAAGUUAAGGUGGCUCCGUAAUUAAUUCAAGAGCAUUUAGCUGUGACAAAUUUUCCGUCAUAACUUUUUCGAUUUUAACGCGAUAGCUGCAAAACUUGGCAAAGAACAACAGAUGUCAUUCGGCAAUAAUACGAAAUAUUCCGAUUUCAUUGAUGGUAAAUAUUUCUUGAGAAAUUAUCGCUUAAAAGGACCCUACUGUUCAAAGAAAAUCGCGUCUAGUAAAAAAUUUUGCUGAUAUUUUUUUAUGAAAUUUCUGGUAGCGGCUUUAAUUGAUAUAAUAAAUAUGCCAGAGGAAUUUCAGAAAAAUCGUUGGAGUAGAAGUCCGUAACUAAAAGUCGCUCAAAAUUCAGCUGUGAAAUUGUUUUGGAAUUUCAAAAAUAAAUUACUAUCAGGUAGAAGGAGCCACCAGUUUCAAUUUUCGGCACAAGGAAAUUCAACGUUAGCUAAUUCUUAAAACAAAAGCCGAUUGCCUAUAGUGCUAUUCUUAAAAAGGUACUUUUUACUUUAAGAAGCACUAUAAAUUGCUGCAAACCUUGCUCUGAAGUAGAAUGACUUGUUCUUCGACAGUUUUUAAAUGUCCCUUGGCAGUUUUGGCUCAAACUCCUGCUGCAUACAUUUUGAUCUAUUGCAAUACAUUUUCAACGACUUUUACUGCUGUUCGUUGCUUCCAACUCAGGAAAAAAGUAUUGAGAUUGGACGCUACCUCGUAUCAGAGCUCAGAUAGAACUGUCCAGCACCUUUGUUUAUGACUACAAAAUGAGCACGAGCGGCAGUUCUGCGAGGAAUUCGCACCUCACCCAGGGGGGACGAACGACAAUGAUGACGAUGCCUGUGAACCGAAUAACAUCACAGUGCAAAAUAAAAUUAUCGCAAAAAUACUGCCCGUGAAUAAAUUUACAACUCUGAAAUUUUUGUCACUCCUUCCUUCAAUGAAUGGGUAUUUUUUUCUUGAUUAUUAUGUUUUGCUCUGCAAUUAAUAAUGUUUAUACAGAUCGGUUCACAGACAUGGGCAUCAUUGUCAUUCGUCCCCCCUGGCUGAGGUGCGAAUUCCUCGCAGAGCUGACGCUCGUGCUCAUUUUCUGGUCAUAAACAAAGGUGCUCGACAGUUCUAUCUGAGCUUCGAUACAAGGUAGCUUACAAUCCCAAUACCUUUUUCCUGAAUUGGAAACAACGUACAGCAGGAAAAGCCGUUGAGGAUGCAUUGCAAUACAUCAAAAUGUAUGUAGCAGGAGUUUGAACCAAAACUGCCAAGGGAUAUUUUAAAAAUGUCGAGGAACAAGUCAUUCGACGUCAGAGCAAAGUUUGGAGCAAUUUAUAGUGCUUUUAAAAACUGAAAACUAUCUUUUAAAGAAUAGCACGAUAGGCAAUCGGCUUCUGUUUUCAGAAUUAGCAAACAAUGAAUUUACUUGUCCCGAAAAUUGAAACUGGUGUCUCCUUCUUCCUGAUAGUAAUUUAUUUUUGAAAUUCCAAAACAAUUUCACAGCUGAAUUUUGAGCGCCUUUUUGUUACGGACUUCUGCUCCAACGAUUUUUCUGAAAUUCUUCUCGCAUAUUUAUUAUAUCAAUUAAAGCCGAUACCAGAAAUUUCAGUAAAAAAUAUCAGCAAAAUUUUUUACUAGACGCAAUUUUCUUUGAAUAGUAGGGUCCUUUUAAGCGCUAAUUUCUCAAGAAAUAUUUACCAUCAAUGAAAUCGGAAUAUUUCGUAUUAUUGCCGAAUGAUAUCUGUUGUUCUUUGCAAAGUUUCGCAGCCAUCGCGUUAAAAUCGAAAAAGUUAUGACGGAAAAUUUGUCACAGCUAAAUGCUCUUGUAUUAAUUACGGAGCCACCUUAAACACCGAUCUGUAGUGAUUAUAUUUAAACACUGAACUGAAAACGGUUAAUUUUAAAAUAUUGUAAUGUGAUACGGCAUGUUCUUCAUGUAUUUUUACUGAAGGAAACAAGCUGCCUUCAACCAAUGUUACCUAAUGCAAAUCUUUCUGUAUUUACUGUUUUGUAAAAGUUCCAGAUCGUCCUCCGAGUGAACUAUCGGCGCUUAGCUUAGACAAGAAUUCGGUGCAGCUUGACUGGAGACCAGUCUCCCCGGAACAUAACAAUGGAUUGGUGCUUGGGUACAGAGUGUGUUAUAAUGAAGUUCACAACACGUCACGAGUCGCCAGUAUUAAGGUUGGAGCGGAUAAAACUCGUGUAACUAUUGAUGGAUUGAGACCCAAUACAAACUAUAGCUUCCAGAUUCUUGCAUUCACCGCAAAAGGCAACGGUACUAUCAGUGAAAAAUAUUUCGCGAAAACGUUGUCAGGUAUAUAA